AUGCUGGAGAAGACGGCCGCCAGUUUGGAACCAUGCGGUUUCCAUCGAGUAGUUCCCGGCGCCACCCAGUCUUUUCGGACUUCGAGGCAGCUUCGAAACGCCUUCUGGCAGCACGGGGCCGCUGACAUAGAGCUUACCGCCGCCUGGCAAUCUUUGAUGCAUGGUACUUUUAAUCUUACCAUGAGCUCUGUACCCGAAGAGAAUAAUGGUUCCGUCCUGAGCGCUUCAGCCUUUCUUCUCGAUUUUCUAUAUCCAAGCGGUGCCAUGAAUUUGAUGCGCCGCCUAACUCCAGCCGCACCCGUCUCUGGCCGUCCUGAUAGCUUCCGUUAUGGGCAUCCUUUCGGGAAAAUUAUGCCUCGCCUAUAUACGUCGUCGCUUUCCAAGCGCCAGGUUCGCAAUUCCGGAUCCGAAGCCACCGCUGACCCGAAAGCAAACGAACCCGAUAGCAGCGUAUCGGUUAACCCAGAUGACGUCACCUACAAUGACAUCUCGGUAAAGUACGCUGGGAUAGAAAUGCUAUGGGGCGAUUGGCAUAAAUUUCAUACCAUUCCUUCUUACAGGGCAUUUCAGAGAUACUUGGCUUUCUAUGCGUCUCGGGGGGACACAGAACCCGUCUACAGGAUUUGGCGUACGUUUAUCGAAGUGUACCGCGACGACGCUAAACUUCCUGCCCUUCGAUCCGACGAUAUAUUUGCACACCUCAUGCAGGUGCAUGCCGUUCGAGGUGAAGUUAUCAAUACGCAGCAGAUCUUUAAUGAUGUCUCGAAGUUAUUCCAUUUAGAGAAUAGUACACACCACUGGAACAUCCUUCUUAACUCUUAUGUUAAGGCAGGUGAUUAUGAUGAAGCGAUAUCUACCUUCGAAAACUUAGUGGCAGCGGGAAAAUGGGACCGUUACAGCUUCGGGACGAUGAUGCAAAUGGCGGGUGAUAGGGGCGAUCUAGGUUUUACAAUUGACUUAUACCGCCAAUUAUUGAGUCUUGGCGGGCAGGCAGACGCGGCCAUCCUUGGUGCCAUCGUCGAUGCGUACUGCCGGAAUGAUCAUAUGCAGUCCGCUGAGGACGUAUGUGUUCGCGCUGCGAGUAAAGGGAUUGUUGAUACCCAAAUGUGGAACAAGCUCCUUUACUACCACGCCAUUCGUCGUGACCUUGCUGCCAUCAAUAGACUUCUUACUCUUAUGGCUGACAAGGAGAUCCCUUACAAUUAUUACACCUACCAGCAGUUACUUAUAGGUCUCUCUAUAUGUCGACAAUCUCACCAUGCUUUAAAUCUUUUGACGGCGGCUUUGAGGGAGAAUAUUUUCACGGUUACCAUCGAGCACUUUCAUAUUGUCAUGGGUGCCCUACUCGUGACGGGAGAUCCUGGGGCGGUCCUGCGGCUCGACAAGCUGAUGCAGGACUAUGGGUUUCCCAGCUCAUCCGAUAGUCUGUUCCUAUUAACACAAAGGCUUGGGCAAUUUAGGAAUCUACCACCGUGGCAACGAGCCCGUUUAACCCCGACGGAGUGGCUUGGCGAAGCGUUCCGUUCAUUUUACAGAAUAUACGGUUUACAACACCGAAAGAAAUUAGACAAAUUAAUACCUGGGCGUCUGCACAGCAAAGCAGGCGAGCUGUUGCAGCAGAAUACAGAGAAGUCCCAUUUUAGUACUAUGGUCUCCAUGCUAACCGAGCUCAAAGACUUCGCCGGGGCUCGGGAGCUUGUCGACCUUUACCGUUACAUUUUCCAAGGCGAGGAAGACUUGGGUGGAAUUUUGCCUGGGACGAUGCUCAAUUCUCUUAUGCGUGCGGAUUUCCAAGAAGCGCGUUACGAUCGUGUUAUUACGACAUGGGAGCUGCUCUUCGAAACUGCAAAGCAGGAAGCACGGUCAGCCGAUUACGUCGAAGAUCUUCCUCACACGCCAAAAGUCUCGGCUAAAUAUCGAUAUGUACUAUCAAGUGGUAUUAUGAUCAUGCAGAAGCUAUUCUUCGAAAAGGGAGAUGCCGCCAGCAUCCGGAAUAUGGUUCGGGAAGUUCGUGAGGCAGGAUUUGAGCUAGACAGCCAAAACUGGAACUACUAUAUACAAGCACUUGUUCAGUUGAAAGAUUACAAGGAAGCAUUCACUACCUGCGAAGAGCUUCUGAUGCCAAACUGGACUGGAUGGUUUCUAGUACGCCAUAGAGAAAGCGUGAAAAACAAGCUACCCCUAGACCUUCGGCGAAAAGGAUCAAGCCCGCGACAUCUCCGGCCCAUCGCUACGACACUGUAUCACCUCACGCGAGGCUAUAUGGAAUUAGACAGGCUCAGCGUUUGGUCUUCAGAAUUUGCUGCGACGUUCUAUGAGAUAGAAAAGGAGUGCGUACAGGUAGUCCGAGCUAUCAAGUCGAUGACACGGCUGCGUUCGCGCCACGAGUCGUCAAUCAUAGUCAUAGAUGCCUUCUCCGCCAGCCCCGAGUUCACAUACUGGUGGUCGCCAUCCCCCGACGUCAUGCGCGCGUGGCACGCGUCCCGGAUCCGGGGGCGUUUCGGCGACCGGGCCACGCAGCAAUUUAAAAUCGCGGAUGCGUCUUCCGGCGCGGUCGUCGCGUUCGCGAAGUGGGACCCGCCGAGCACGAUGGAGGGGCUGCGGGAGGGGUUUGUGGUUUACGAUGGGGAGGGGAGGGAGGUUGGGCUGGAGGGGAAAGGGGAAGGGGGGGAGGCUGUGCAGAAGAAGUUGUUAAAGGCGCCGGAGGGGGCGGAUGAGAAGCUGUAUGAGGAGUUUUUCGAUGGGCUGAAGACUAUGGGGGAGAAGUGGCGGUCGCAUGAGAAGUUGGUCCUCUCCAUAAUCUGCACCGAUCCCUCCCACCACGGCCGGGGCAUCGCCACCUCCCUGAUCCGCCCCGUCCUCGCUCUCGCGGACAAAGAGCGCAUCCCCACGUACCUCGAAGCCCUCCCCCUAGCCGUGCCGCUGUACCAGCGCCUCGGCUUCCAGCCCGUGGACCGGCUAGAGUACGACUUAGCCAAGGCGGGGAGGCGGGGGAAGGCCGUGCUGACGAUUAUGGUGCGGGAGCCGCAGUCGGCGUGA